UUUUUAAACUCUCAUUUUUUUCUGUUUUUUUUUUUCGAUAAAUUUUUAUCAACGGUCGUUGAAUUCUGUAAUGUGCCAUUACACAUGCCAAAAUUUUUCUAUUGUUUCGUUUAUUUAUAAAACAGUGCGUUUUUAUUGCCAAAGAAAAAGAACAGGUAAAAGUAUGUUGCUAAGUAUUUUCCCAAAGUAAAUACUCCAAUGUUUAAGGAUCCAAAUGAGUGAAGAUUUGUGAUUUGUUUUUGUAGGAAACUUUUGAAGAUUUACUUGAUGUAAUGGAAAAGCACUUUGCAGCCUUAAAAAUUUUAGACGAUGAAACUGAGAAUAAAUUGACAAGAACAGCUAGUUUCUCUGAUCUACCAUCUACAAGUAAGAAAAUAUUAAUUGAAGAAUACUAUCAAACUCUGGGAUCACCUAGUUUAGUGAGACAAUACAGUUGCGAGCAGAUAGUGGAUGGGACCAACUGUGUCAGGCAAUUAAAAAUAUGCGAAAGAUUAUCCUCAGAUAAAAAUGAACAUAAAAAUGAACAUAAAAAUACUUGGAAAAAUACCAUUCCAUGUAUCAAUAAUAAACCAGAAUAUAUAAAUUGGAAUUCAAUUGGACCUGAGGUUAAUGUACCUAAAAUAAACACUCAGCAACAGGAACAAAUAGAGUACAUGGAAGUAGAAAAAAUGGAUAUGUCGGAGCAUAAUAAUGAAAUCAAUGAUACUGCCAAUUUGAUUAAUCCUGUACAAGUAGAACCACUGGAAACUAAGACUGAAAAAAUAGAAAACUCAAAUGAGAGCUCUGAGAAAAAAUCAUACGAAGAAUUAAAGAAAAAAGUUCGCCCUCUUGUAUCGUCUAUUUCGAUGAAAGAUAAGAAUUCUGUGCACUUUUUCUAUAAAGUUACAUUUUUUAUAUUAGUACCAAUAAUUGUAUUUUUAAUGGCUGUUUUGUUAAUUUCGGAAGAAGAUAGUAAAGAAAAAGUAAUAUUAGUUUGCGAUCACGGGUCACAUUUUUCCAACGCUAGUAUUGAAUUACGAAAAAAAAUUUAUGGUCAAAAUGAAGUUAUAUCAUCUUUAAUUGAAUUUCUAGAAAUAGAUGAUUCCUGUAAAAAGUUCGCAGUACUUGUAGGAAGUACUGGAGUUGGAAAAUCUUAUACUAUUGAUAUCAUAAGAAGAAAUUUUCCGAAUCAUAAUAAAAUUAUACAAUAUAUUCCACCUUUAAGUAUGGUCGACAUAAACGAGAUCCCAUCCUAUUCUUGUAAUUUAAUAAUUUUAGAAAAUUUAAGAGAAAACGAUAUUUUGGAUGCUUUAAAACUUUCAAGUAACAUAUUAAAACUUCCAAAUACUUGUAUUACUCUACUAGCGGUGAUUAAUGUGGAGAAAGUGGAUCGCAAUUUAAAACGUACUAUCCAAUUAGAAGCAAAUAUUAAAAAUAUUACUGCUGCAUUUUCUAAAGUACACUAUGAUGUAAGAAUAUUUGGAUAUAAUCUUUUAAAUGAAGAAGUUUUAGAAAAAUGCAUAGUACAAGCGAUGGAAGAUAGUCAUCUAAAACUUAGAGAAGAUCAAAUACUGGAAGUAAAGAAAAGUCUAUUGGUAUCUAAUAGCGGUUGUAAAGGCGCUUAUACAAAAGUUCAAGUUAUUGGCAGAUAAUAAUAUUUGAACAAUCUAUAAACUUAUAGUAUAUUAAUUAUAUACAAGAUUAUCUUUUGAGCAGUUAAAGAAAAAGACUGAUUAAAAGAUAAAAUGUAAUGUGAUAUUUCGUUAUUAUCCUCUACCAAAUUAUUAUUAUGUUGUUAUAUUUAGAAGCUAUUAAGUUCCUUUUUUACGUAGUUUUUCAUACUAAGUCUCGACUGGUUCUUCUUAUAACAAACAAAUUCAUUAUAAGAGAUAAACAUGAUAACAAAUGCAGUGCCAAAAAGUCUAGCAUUUAUUUUUAUGUUAAAAGAAUGUUUUACGAAACUGUGCAUUUAAACAUUGUAUUUUAUACUUGCUAAUUAUAAU